UGUUGGUCGUGAAUCACCAUCAUAAAAAUAACCGGGGAAAGCACCAGUUUAAGAUGGCUGUCAGGCAUUUCAUCAUUAAGGCGCUCUGCGUGACUCUAUGCCUGGCAUAUAAUUCCCCGUCGUCCAAUGAAGAAUCGGCUAGAGAAUUCAUAGAACAUGUCCUAAGGAUCCCGAACCCUGAAAAGAUAUUGAACUCAGCUCGUGGUAGACUUGAGAGGGCUCGACAACAGGAGUUGUUGAGGCAGCGUGUUGCUGAGGCUGACUGUGAAGAUCCUAGCGAGCUCUUACCAGAAUACACAGCGGCACUUCAAGGUUCACGGGAGCUCAGGCAGUUAGGAGCCCAAAAACACUACCCCAUAUGUCAUUUGGAGAGGAAAAUCAAGAAGUUGAACACUAACGAAUACGAAUACCGACCAGCGUACUAUGAAGAAGUACGUUGCACCAUGACAUCGAGCGACGAUAUUGGAGACACAAAUGAGGUCUGUUCGAGUCUCGGAUUUGCGUGCGUCCAAUGGAACAAAACUAUCCAUUUAACAAGAAGACGAUACUCCAGUGACUGUUGGGAGACGAGUACCAUGGUGAUUCCUGCUGGCUGCGAGUGCAUGUGGCCGGUUCAUCGGCUUGGCGACAUGAAUCUAAGAGCUUAACAAGCAAUCCAUGAUGGGCUGUUCGUCCUCCAAAUCAGCAUGACGUCUGAACUAUCUCCAAAUAACUUAAUAAUUUUCAUGUAUAAAAUAUAAAAUGCGAAUUUAAACUUUCUUACCUAGUAAUUAAGGCUUAGUUGCAUCAAGAGGAAGCAAUGUACAAUAUCGUUGUCUUCUCCUUUCUUCAAACUUACCUAUGGUCUGAUUAUGGAUUGAUUUAUCAUUAUCUAUUUUUAGUGAAUAUGUUUAUACUUAUUGUACUUAUGGGACCAAUUUCAAAAUGGCAGAUCCAUAUGUGUCAGAUAAAUCUUCAUUGUAUGUAAAAAUUAUUCAAGCCUUUAAUAAUACAUCCACAAUCGCUGUCGCGCCACUUAUGCUCUGCUUGCGAUACAUAUCUUUACCUAUUUGCUAUCAUUGUUAACUAUAGUAUUUAUGUUA